AUGAUAUCUUGGAUGCGAUUGCAGAGAUCACUGGCACAAGUUCCCAAACUCAUUGAUCAGAUUGUCGACGAUAUUAAGAUGGUGAAGAACUUCGUUUCGAAGGCCCAUCGACCAACAUCAUCUGUAUCAUAUGCACAGUUCCACGAGCGAAUUUCUCCGCAUAUUGUGAAGGUUGAUUCGUACUCAUUUUGGCACAACACCAACUAUUCCUUUGCCUUGGAUGACUUUUGUAGCAGUUUUGGCAAGUAUGAGUACGCCAAAGAGAAAAGGCUACAUGAAUAUCUAGUGGAUGAGUUUAACAGAGCGUACAACAAGAUGGUCAAAAAACCGCUCUUGGCCAUUGUCGAUACAUCUCAACGCCCAUUUCUCGAUGCAGAAUCCCAUCAAUAUGUACCCGAUUGGGUUAUUCACGAUGACAACAAACCUCUCGAUCCGACAUGGUUCAUUGUCGUUGGAGACACCAAGGUUGAGGGCUCCAACUUUCCAACACCCGCUGACUCAGGUCAAGUCCUCUACUAUGCGGAGUUCACCUUGAAGAACUCGUUCCAUCUUUCAAUCGAUGCCUUCCUCACAUCUGGCAAACACAUCUGCUUCUGGAGAGUGACAAAGAAUGAUCAUGGAGAGUUUACAUAUCUGCGAAAUGGUCCACACCUUCUCUCGUUUCAGACGAAGAAAGAGAAGACCAUAGGAUUCGACCUCUUGAUGGCAAUGCUACGUGGACCAGCUACUCAUAUCAACAUCCCAGAUGUCCCACAACCCAUACUCGAUACCCUGAAGUACAAGACCUCCGGAUUGUCAUCCUUCGUCUACACAGCAAUGAUGGGACCAAUGGAUGUUAUCGUUAAAGUAUACAAGAAGCAAUCGGACCAAACCCGGGAAGUAACAGUCUUGAAGGAGCUCACUGGUCCUCGAGUCCCAACAAUCAAGGCAGAAGGCUCCAAUUGGAUCAUCAUUUCACCAGCUGGCAAGGUGGUUGACUCCACAACAAAGUUCAACAUUUUCCCCAUGAUCCUGGAUACCAUCAUCUCGGCCCACAAAAAAGGUAUCAUUCAUAGAGAUAUCCGACCGUCCAACAUCAUUAUCUAUGUUGGUCCGAUUCUCAUUGUCUGGUCAUCGUCAAUAUCCGACACCUUAUCUCCCACCCCCUAUGAAGGGACCAUCUACACUGCAUCAAACAGAGUUCUCCAAUAUCUUGCUGAUGAUAAAUUCAAUAUCUUGUCGACAAAGGCGGACGAUUUGGAGUCAUUCGUCAAGACACUCAUCAUCUUGACUUUUGGACAAACAUUUACCAACAUUAUCUCAGCCCCUAUUACCGACACCUGA